AUGGCGGAGUCAAGGGACGAGGGGAAGAAGCGGGCAGUGGGCGGUGCCGGGGGCCAGUCAAAUGCAAAGAAACUCCCUCGGUAUCCCCGGCAGCAGUCGAAGAGUGGCAGGCCGUUCCGUUGUGUCAUUUGCGGCGGCGAUCAUCGGCCGCCAGUAUGCCCGCAGCGCGAGGAAAAGUGCUUCAAGUGCGGCCAGCCCGGGCACAUGUCACGGGAGUGCCCGAGCUGGGGUUCUUCUGCACCUACCUCGGCAUCAGUUCCUUAUACCGCGAGACAGCAGGCGGGGCUACCACCGGCUUUGUCGGCUGGACGUUCAUCUUCUUCGCGCAGCGGCGGCCUCUGUGCCGAGAGAUCCGCCUGCACCAGCUGCUCCUGUAGCACAACCUCCUGCGGUGGCUCAGCACCAGUGACGGCUAUCCCUCCGACAGCAUCGGGUUCAUCGGCUCCAAUUUUCGAUGUGCUUGAGGCCGAGCAGGAGCCCACGUUAGCGGCGAUGACGGCAUUUAAGCGGUUUAACCCUCCAACCUUCAACGGUGACGUGAAGGAUCCGUGGAUGACGGAGAAUUG